GUUGUUGACACUUGAAACUUAUAGUUUGCCUUCUCAACGUUACUGCUAGGUAGUUGGUGCUGAGGAUCAUAAGAGAAUGAGUGACCAUAUCAGUGAAUUACCUGAUGACAUUCUCACCAACAUUCUCUCCUCUCUAACUCUAAGAGAUUCUGUCAAGGCAAGGUUACUGUCACCUAGAUGGAGACAUAUUUCAGCACCCAUCUCCACUCUUCAGUUUGAUCUAUUUACCAUGUUUGGAAUUGAAUAUGAUGAAAACAAAGGCUACUUCGAUACACUGCCUGCAAAUUUUGUAAAUGAACUUAAGCCUAGGUUUCUCACAGCAGUUGAUCAGUUUUUGCAGCAAUAUAGGGCUCCAAAGAUAGGAACACUCAAGAUUCACUUCUGUCUUGGCAAUGAGUAUGCUUCUCAUAUAGAUAAUUGGGUUGCCUUCGCUGCUAGAAUGGAGGCCAAGAAAAUUGAUUUUUACUUCUCUUCUUUCCACCAACAGAAUGAAAACUAUAGUUUCCCUUGUCAUUUGCUUAACUCUCACUUGAAGCAUUUGCGCCUAGGAGCAUGCACAUUUAGACCCUCUCCUGAGCACAGAAACCUAUUAAGCUCUUUGGCUACCAUUGACUUGAGUAAUGUAAAUUUAGAUACAAAUAAUGACGUGGAGAGUAUCCUUUUAGGUUGUUUGAACCUUGAGUGCUUGGUGCUGAGAAACUGUAGGCUGCCUAUGAGACUCUGCAUACAUGGCCAUCAACUCUUCAAGCUGAAGACAUUGAUUGUUCACCAGAAUGUCCCCCUUUUUCCAUGGCAUAUUGAGCUUAAUUCUAUUGAUCUUGAAACAUUUGAGUUCAGGGGUUUUCUGGGAACAUUCACUUUUGUUGCUGUUCCAUGUCUGGAAAAAGUUAAUAUGUUUUUUUUUCCAGAAUGCGUGGAUGUCUUGCAUUCGGUCUUCAAUGAGCUUCCAAGCAAUCUUCCUCAGCUUCAGAAUUUAUCAUUAACUCUUGGUUCUCAAAAUGCACUGCCUAUUCCUGAAAUCAUGCCUACAUUCACCAGUCUGAAACAAUUGGAACUGUCAGUUAUGGUAACAACUAGUUUUGACCUCCUCCCAAUCAUUUUCAUUUUAAAUGCUUCUCCCAUUCUAGAGAAAUUCUAUCUGAAGUUACGUAGAAUGAGUAGCAGCGGUCAAAUUCAAACAAGAGAUUGUUCUAAUCGCCUACAUUUACAUUUAAAAGACAUCAGAAUAUCUGGAUUUUAUGAACAAUCAAAUGUGAUGGAGGUUGCUAUUUAUUUGCUGAAAAAUGCUGUUGCACUUGAGCGAAUGGUUGUUGAUGUAAAGGAUGAUCUUAAGACUAGAGAAAAAGUCUACGAUUUGCUAAUGAAGGAAAAGGUUAAUUCAAGAGUAGAGCUAAUAGUUAACUAUGAAAACUAAAGAGAGUAGAGCUAAUCGUCCUUUGAUUACCCUCUAUAUAUUUGGAUAAACA